CACCACACCAACACCUCUUCCAGUUCCAUCAAUUUGUGACAUUGUUUUGGGGUGUUGCUGCUGGUGAUAUCUCUGAAGACUUGCAGCUGCCCACAACAUGGACUUCACCACACAGCGGCUGCCCACAACAUGGACUUCACCACACAGCGGCUGCCCACAACAUGGACUUCACCACACAGCAGCUGCCCACAACAUGGACUUCACCACACAGCGGCUGCCCACAACAUGGACUUCACCACACAGCGGCUGCCCACAACAUGGACUUCACCACACAGCGGCUGCCCACAACAUGGACUUCACCACACAGCGGCUGCCCACAACAUGGACUUCACCACACAGCGGCUGCCACAACAUGGACUUCACCACACAGCGGCUGCCCACAACAUGGACUUCACCACACAGCAGCUGCCCACAACAUGGACUUCACCACACAGCGGCUGCCCACAACAUGGACUUCACCACACAGCGGCUGCCCACAACAUGGGGAAUAUCUUCAACCUACAAUAUUCGAUAAACUUUAG